AUGAAGCACCCCGGGAUAAACGGGUGCUUUCGAUGGUUUGUUUGGUUCGCGCUCGUAGUGAGCUGUGCGGGUUUGUUCGAAGAUCAGAUUGGAAAAUUCGAUUGGCGACAGCAAUAUGUUGGCAAGAUUGUUCACGGUGCCUUCGAUACCACUUCCGUUGAUCGAAUAAUCGUGGCCACGGAGAGCAACGUGCUCGCUGCGCUGAGUGCCAAAACGGGUGAAAUCCUUUGGCGUCAAAUUCUGGAAAGUGGUACCCGGGGCGAGGUGAAACUGUUGCAAGUCACUAACCCGUCGGCCACCGGUGCCCGAUUAAGUCGCGGUAGCCUCGGGCACGAUGUAAUAACGGUUACCGGAAGCCUCCCGGCACUGGUACGUGGCUGGAACUCCAAUAGUGGAACCCUUGAGUGGGAAUGGUCACUAUUGCCUGCGGUAGCCGAAGAGGCCGCAUUAGAUGCUGUUUGGUUCGAGCACGACGGAUUGCUGUACCACGUAGUUCCCGUUUGGGGGUCUCAUCUCGAGGUGACGCCCUAUCAAGCGGUGUCAGGGCAACAGGCCCGUGCUAUGACCAGCCGCAUCGCUGCUAGUUGGACUGCAAAGGAACGUUGCACGCUCGCCGGAACAUUCUUUGUUUGUGCAUCCAAAGAACAGUUACUCGCACUCGACCUAGUCUCGGACAGUAGUAGCAGUAUUCUGUCGAAGCCCCUUGGUUCCGAAGCCGUCGGCCGUCCAAGGCCGGUCCGCGGAGAAGCGGCCGUAAUACAGAACGGCCGUUACUACUCUCUUCGUUCGGAUCAGAAACUGGUGUUCGGACCAAAGGAUGCGGCCCUGGUGGAUCGAACGGUGCAUGGCGAAGAACCGAUUCUACUGCAAGGUACGGUCGAUCGGGUCAAUGGCAGGCUUAUCAUAAACGCGCACCGCUUGCGUGACUUCGUACGGUUCGAUGCGAUCGAACUUAGCGUCGACUAUAGCGAAACCCUGGGCGAUCCGGAGUUGAUUGGUGUCCGGUGUAAGCAGUCAACACCGGGAGGUGCUUCAUCACGUUCCGCCGUCGGUCUUGUGUGCCGUAUAUUGCUGUCAGCUGAAGAUGGCGCAAUUGUGCUCAUCCAACAGGGCAAGAUCAAGUGGGUUCGGGAGGAAGCACUGGCGGAGGUGUCAACGGCAGACUUUCUCGAUCUUACCCUUUCCGAUGCGGAAGGAGCAAUCGAGGAGGAACUCAAUAACAAAAACGCUGAAGAAAAUGGUUUAGAAUGGGACGUUUUCGGCGCUCUCCAGCGCCGCAUCGCCUCACAGGCGCUGCACGUCAAAAACGUGUUCCUGCAAAUUCUCGGCAUCGGUCCAGCCCCCUCCAAAGCGCAACGGGCCGGCCUCGUGCGGGACGACUUCGGUCUGCACAAAAUGCUAAUCGUUGUGACGGCCAGCGGAAAGGUGUUCGGUAUCGAUAACGUGUCCGGCAAACACCACUGGAUCCGUUACCUGCCCACGUUCGCCGGGUUCGCCAAUGGUCAACCGAUGAAACUGCUAGUCCAGCGUACGUCCCGCUUUUAUCCUCUCCCUGCGCAGUGUGUGGUGCUGGGGCGCGAUCGUACCGUCUCGCAGAACGGGUUGCUCUAUAUCUUCAACCCAAUCACGGGACAGCCAAUAUCCGGCGGAGGUGUCAUCGAGCUACCGUACCGUGUCCAACAGGUAGCCUUGCUGCACGAAACCGGACCGGACUUUUUGAAGGGGCUACUGCUCCUUGACUACAACAACCAAGCUCACGUGGUCCCAGAAUCGCUGGCCCCGCAAGCCGACAAUUUCCACCUGUUCACAGCCAACCACAAAACGGCACAAAUGGGCGGCUUUCUUGUGCAGUACAGGGAGGCACCAGGAUCGGCGAAAGGGGAAUUGAUCACCACUCCUUCGUGGCAGAUCGAUCUAAGCGGUGGCAGUAAGCGCCAACAGAUUGUUGCCUGCGAAGGCAAGAGUCCUAUCGAGCACGUUCACUCGCAAGGGCGCGUCAUGGCCGACCGGUCGGUGUUGUACAAGUACAUCAAUCCCAACUUAGUGGCGGUCGCUACCCACGGAUUGGACAGUAUUCACAGAUUCAUCAUGAACGUGCAUUUGGUGGAUGUGGUAUCGGGUUCGAUUGUGUUCUCGAUGUCGCACAAGCGCGUCCGACCUCCACUGCACAUGGUGCAUUCGGAGAACUGGCUCGUAUACUCCUAUUACAAUGAAAAAGCUCGUCGUACGGAAAUCACAUCAAUCGAGUUGUAUGAGGGUAAAACGCAAACCAAUAGCACCGUUUGGAGCUCACUCGACGCACCGCCUCUCCCGAUGGUGGAGCGCCAAUCGUACAUUCUGCCCAUGGCCGUCGCCUCGUUAAAGGAAACGAUCACCGAAAAAGGCAUUACUAGCAAACAUAUUCUGAUCGGUCUAUCGACGGGCGCCGUUGCCGAGAUGUCCUGGGCACUGCUCGACCCCCGCCGGCCGGUCACUUCACCCGAGAAAGCGCGCGAGGAAGGCAUUAUACCGUACAUGCCAGAGUUGCCUCUGCCCCACGAAAUAUUGAUCAACUACAACCAGACGGUGGCCAAUAUUCGCGGGAUGCACACGGCACCAUCCGGGCUGGAGAGCACGUGUCUGGUGUUGGUGCACGGGCUCGAUUUGUUUGUGACGCGUGUCUCCCCCUCGAAAACGUUCGAUCUGCUGAAGGAAGACUUUGACUACUUUCUCAUCACAAUUGUACUGAUCGUGUUGACCAGCACGUCGUGUGUCGUAAAGCAGCUUGCGUCAAAGAAAAUUGUCAAGCAGGCGUGGAAGUAGUCGAGAAAUCGGUUGAGAACAGAGAGUUACAUGUACCACCAAAAAGACAUUUAAAUGAAGUUUUUGUUGUUUUAUUUUAAUUUAUAAUUUU